AUGGCUCGGGCCGCCCGGCUCCGUGGCGCGGCCCCGCGCGCUCUCCUGCUCCCGCUGCUGCUGUUGUUGCUCCCGCCGCCGCAGCUGCUGGCCCGGGCCCCGCGGCCCCUGGAUGCACCCCGCCGCCACGUGAGGAGGGGGCCACAGUCCUGGCAUGAAGCUGCUCCCAGCAGCCUGGCACCUGCCUCUACCGUCCAGGAGACUCUCCAGCCAGCAAGCAGCCCCAGACCUCCCCGCUGCGGUGUGCCUGACCCACCCGAUGGGUUGAGUGCCCGCAACCGACAAAAGCGGUUUGUGCUGUCAGGCGGGCGCUGGGAGAAAACAGACCUCACCUACAGGAUCCUCCGGUUCCCCUGGCAGCUGGUACGGGAGCAGGUGCGGCAGACGGUGGCAGAGGCCCUACAAGUGUGGAGCGAGGUGACGCCACUUACCUUCACCGAGGUCCAUGAGGGCCAUGCUGACAUCAUGAUUGAUUUUACCAGGUACUGGCAUGGAGACAACCUGCCAUUUGAUGGACCUGGGGGCAUCCUGGCUCAUGCCUUUUUCCCCAAGACUCACCGAGAAGGAGAUGUCCACUUUGACUAUGACGAGACCUGGACUAUUGGGAACAACCAGGGCACAGACCUUCUGCAGGUGGCAGCCCAUGAAUUUGGCCAUGUGCUGGGGCUGCAGCACACGACGGCUGCUAAGGCACUUAUGUCCCCUUUCUACACAUUCCGCUACCCAUUGAGUCUUAGCCCGGAUGACCGCAGGGGCAUCCAGCACCUCUACGGCCAACCCCGGCCAGCCCCCACCUCUAGGCCCCCGGCUGUGGGCCCUCAGGCUGGGGUGGAUGACAACGAGAUUGCCCCGCUGGAGCCGGAAGUGCCACCAGAUGCCUGCGAGAUCACCUUUGAUGCAGUCUCCACCAUCCGUGGUGAGCUCUUCUUCUUCAAAGUGGGCUUUGUGUGGCGGCUGCGUGGGGGCCGGCUGCAGCCUGGCUACCCUGCACUGGCUUCUCGUCACUGGCAGGGACUGCCCAGCCCUGUGGAUGCAGCCUUUGAAGAUGCCCAGGGCCACAUCUGGUUCUUCCAAGGCACUCAGUACUGGGUAUACAAUGGUGAGAAGCCAGUCCUGGGCCCUUCACCCCUCUCUGAGCUGGGGCUGCUGGGGCCCCCCAUCCAGGCUGCCUUGGCCUGGGGCCCUGAGAAGAACAAGAUCUACUUCUUCCGAGAUGGAGACUACUGGCGCUUCCACCUUAGCACCCGCCGUGUGGACAACCCCGUGCCCCGCCGGGUGACUGACUGGCGAGGAGUGCCCUCUGAGAUUGACGCCGCCUUCCAGGAUGCUGAUGGCUAUGCCUACUUUCUGCGAGGUCGCCUCUAUUGGAAGUUCGACCCUGUGAAGGUGAAGGCCCUGGAGGGCUUUCCCCGCCUCGUGGGCCCUGACUUCUUCGGCUGUACCGAGCCUGCCAACACUUUCCGCUAA